UACACUGAUUAUCGAAAUGUGUUCUGUGAUUUCCACGAUGUCUGUUUCAUGAGGAAUUAAAUUAAUUAAUGUCACUACAUACUAUUUCAUAUAAGUUACGGGAAUUGUGUGUGCACUAGCAUUAAUCAUUAAACCUUAACCGACUAACCAUUGUUUGAUAACCAAGGGGAAAAGGGAAUGAUUAACAUUAUGGGUGCGCGAUAGGGUAUCCCACCCAAGGACUCUCAGUGUUUGAUGUCCGGUUCAAGCUAUGAGCACUAACACAUACAGCCAUUAGCGAGAACUACUCUCAAACGUCGAUACUAAACUGCAGUCUUCUUAUUGGUGUGAAUAAAUGAAAUGUAUAAAAGUUACCCUAUUCCAGUGCGUAUAUAUUUACGAUGUCGUGUAGGAGAGAAUAGACUGACAACUGUUUAUUUUCUACUAACAUGUACUUAACUUAUUGUUACUUAAUUAUUCCUCCGAUUGUUAACCUGACGAACUAUUUUUUCCUCACAUGUACCGUGAAACGUAAUUAAGUUUGACACGAUAUCUAUUUCUGUGUGUAUUUCUAUGACUUAUCAUUUCUCUGUAUCAAUAUAGAAAAUUUAUUUUGUUUACGCGUUGAUAAUGGGUGAAGUAGUUGCCCCAUUUUGUAAAUACUGAGCGCAAAUGUAUACUUGUUACAGGAAAGUGAGAGAACAAUACAUCUGAUAAUUUAAAUAGGUCAUUUAGAAGAACAAUUAAGAUCUUAUAUUCACAGAUAAUAAAACAGAGGUUCUAUAUGUCCGUGCGUCAUAAUAACCCAUCUCAGGUUGGGUUGGAAUAACACGGAUACGUUUUGAAAAGCUGAUUUCAACAAAAAUCAGUUCUCAGUAUAGCUAAUUUUUAUUAUUUACUGGAAGGUUUGUUCGGAAUGAUAUUCCGUAAGUGAAGGGUGGGUUGAGAUUUCAAAUUCGUAAUCUGUAUACACAUUUUUGUUUAAGUUACCGUCACAGGUACACUUUAAGCAAUUGAAAUAAUUAGUUAAUAUAAGAUUGUGAAUUGUCUAUACACGUUACAUGUACUUGUCAGUGCUGUGUUGUAAUGUGGAAAGUACCUUGUCUAAUUUAGUAACGCAGUGUCAUGUACGUGUAGUCCAUACUGUGUAUGUCCAUAUUUGGUGGUGUUUACGACUUAUAUGUAAAUUAGGGUAUGAAAGUGUAAGAAAUCGUGCAAGAGUGAGAGCGAGAAUAGUAAAACCCGUGGGUUAUGGUAGAACGCCGCAGUAGCCAUUCAUAGGUCGGUAGGACAUAUCCUCUGGGGUCCGGUGACCAAUUAUGUAACAGACAUGUGUACAGACUUACCGUUUUACCAGACAUAACAGUCUUGGAAGGUUUUCUUCCGGAAGUGGAUACCACACAAGGUCAAUCUGCUAUUCGUAAGGAUGAAUCAUUAUAACAAUGAUUUAAGGAAAGAUUGUGAGAGGAAAGAUAAACAAGCAAUAGGCAUGGCAGAGGCUCAUGUAGACAAUCGAUCUUUCAAAUGUCUGAUAUGUCUCCAGGAAUGUAACACACCCCGACAGCUACCAUGUUUUCACACGUUUUGCACGGGUUGUUUAAACACCUAUAUUAAUUCUGAAUACGUCACAGAAUAUAACAGGACGUACUUCCCCUGUCCGGUAUGCGAAAGUCCGUGCUACCCUCACGACAAGGAUGCUCCCGUUAGUUCUUGGGCCGGUUCGUUUCCUCGAAAUCAGCUAUUUGCUUCCUCAACGUUCAAAGAGACAGAAUCAGGUCAGACAUUCUGCCACGGAUGUCUAACUGACGACGAAGAGAACGUUGCUUCCUUCUGGUGUAAAGCAUGCUCGGAAGCCUUGUGUCAGCCAUGUCGCGUUGCACACCGACGAAGCAAAUUACUUUCAACGCACAAAGUCAUUGCCAUAGACGAGGUUUCUAAGACGGAUAUACGCAUGCCUGUAUUCAUUGACAACACGUGUCCUCAUCAUACGGGAAAGACGAUCGAAGUAUACUGCCACGACCACAACGCCUUAUGCUGUGUUCUGUGCGUGACACUGUCACAUAGAAGGUGUACGAAUGUUAGUAGCCUUGGAGAUACUACAAAGAUGUUCUCACUUGAUGUCAUCGAAUGUGAGUUAGAAAAGAUGAAGGACGAGUCAAAAACGAUUGUCGAAGAGGACGAAAACAAACUGACCACUCUCGAAGACGAUUACCAGAAAAUGACCAGCAAUGUGGCCACGAUGAUCAAGAAAGCGAAAGAUAAGCUGGAUGAUCUUCACAAACGUUUUCAAACCGGGUUAGACGUAACAUACCGACGUCAUCGAGAAAGUCUACAUGAACGCUUACGCACCAAUAGGAUAUUUCAAGCAAACAUUAAAAACACCAACCAACUGAUGAGGGUGGUAAAAGGGAAAAGUCCUGACGUUGAUGCAUUUAUUGUAACGGAACAAUCCAAGACACAACUCCUAAGUCACGUGCGGCGUUUACAGCAGAGGACUGGAGACAAGCACAAUACUUUUGAAUUGAAGAUGAGAUAUGACGACGUAUUAGAGAAGGUCAUCAACGUGAUGACAACUGUGGGAAGAUUAGAAGUCUCCUCUUCAUUGUCAUCGUCAUCACAAGACUCCCUCACAUCUAUCAGACAAACCAUUGACAAACUCCAGGCCACAUCGUCCGUGACAUCGUUUUCCGAAUCAACGUCCUCCUCGGACAUGCUGUCGUCAAUAGCGCCUCGCAUUGACGUGUGGACUGGGUCUUUAUCUCUGGUCAAGUCUGUACAUAAAGGUUCCAUCGGUGGGUCAGUGACUCCAUGUCUGACAGGAGGGAUAUUUAUUGAAGGAGAAUGUCUACUCGCUACAGACUACACAAACAAAAAACUUUUACUGUUUGAUGAUAGCUAUGAGUAUGUCAGGCAUUAUGAUGUGGAUAACAGUCCUAUUGAUAUCACAUGUAGAUUUGAACCGAAUCAGUUACUAAUGACCCAGCCAAAUGGGUCAGUCAUUAAGUAUACAUUUCGGGAUGGUGUCCUAACCACUGUCGACAGGAUACGUAGUACUCAACAAUGUUGGGGUAUAGAUAUUCUGGGAGAUAACAUACUGCUCGGGACUGAAAGUUCUGUCGAGAUUUUAACAUCUGACUUUAAACAGGUAGCAGCCUCUAUACCUAAACGCGGUUACAAUACUUCCGUCGCCGCAUCACCAAAUGGACUCUUUUACCACGGAGAUGAAGACGUCAUCGUAUGUCGGUCACAUGAUGGGAAGGAAGUGUUCCGGCAUAUGUGUAAAGGUAUCAAAGAGCUACGAGGAAUUGUUGUUGACCAGGAUGGUAAUGUAUACGUAUGUGGAAUGGAGUCGGGAGACAUACACCUGAUAUCACAUGACGGCUCAAAGGAUCGAAUCCUUCUCCCAAGAAUGUCUGGAAUCGCUCGACCGUACGCCAUACUUCACCAUCCAAGAAGACAGGAGAUCAUUGUGACAUCAUGGCAGGAAAACGUGGUGUUUGAAGUGUACAAGUUUUGUGAUCAGUGAUUGGUGUAACUACACUGACUAUCGAAAUGUUUUCUGUGAUUUCCACGAUGUCUGUUUCAUGAGGAAUCAAAUAAAUUAAUGUCACUACAUACUAUUUCAUAUAAGUUUCGGGAAUUGUUUUGUGCACUAGCAUUAAUCAAUAAACAUUAACCGACUAACCAGUGUUUGAUAACCAAGGGAAAAAUGGAAUGAUUAACAUUAUGGGUGCGCGAUAGGGUAUCCCACCCAAGGACUCUCAGUGUUUGAUGUCCGGGCAAGUUAUGGGCACUAACACGUACAGCCAUUAGCGAGAACUACUUUCAAACGUCGAUACUAAGCUGCAGUUUUCUUAUUGAUGUGAAUAUAAAUCAAAUGUAUAAAUGUUAUCCUAUUCCAGUGCGUAUAUAUUUACGAUGUCGUGUAGGAGAGAAUAGACAGACAACUGUUUAUUUUCUACUAACAUGUACUUAACUUAUUUGUUACUUAAUUAUUCCUCCGAAUGUUAACCUGACGAACUAUUUUUUCCUCACAUGUACCGUGAAACGUAAUUAAGUUUGACACGAUAUCUAUUUCAGUGUGUAUUUCUAUGACUUAUCAUUUCUCUUUAUCAACAUAGAAAAAUUUCUUUUGUUUACGCAUUGAUAAUGGGUGCAGUAGUUGCCCCAUUUCGUAAAUACUUAGCGCAAAUGUAUACUUGUUACAGGAAAGCGAGAGAACAAUACAUCUGAUAAUUUAAAUAGGUCAUUUAGAAGAACAAUUAAGAUCUUAUAUUCACAGAUAAUAAAACAGAGGUUCUAUAUGUCCGUGCGUCAUAAUAACCCAUCUCGGGUUGGGUUGGAAUAACACGGAUACGUUUUGAAAAGCUGAUUUCAACAAAAAUCAGUUCUCAGUAUAGCUAAUUUUUAUUAUUUACUGGAAGGUUAGUUCGGAAUGAUAUUCCGUAAGUGAAGGGUGGGUUGAGAUUUCAAAUUCGUAAUCGGUAUACACAUUUUUGUUUAACUUACCGUCACAGGUACAAUUUAAUUUAAUUGAAAUAAUUAGUUAAUAUAAGAUUGUGAAUUGUCUAUACACGUUACAUGUAUUUGUCAGUGCUGUGUUGUAAUGUGGAAGUACCUUGUCCAAUUUCGUAACAUAGUGUCAUGUACGUGUAGUCCAUACUGUGUAUGUCCAUAUUUGGUGGUGUUUACGACUUAUAUGUAAAUUAGGGUAUGAAAGUGUAAGAAAUCGUGUAAGAGUGAGAGUGAGAAUAGUAAAACCCGUGGGUCAGGGUAGAACGCCGCAGUAGCCGUUCAUAGGUCGGUAGGACAUAUCCUCUGGGGUCCGGUGACCAAUUAUGUAACAGACAUGUGUACAGACUUGCCGUUUUACCAGACAUAACAGUCUUGGAAGGUAUGUUAUCCUGACAAAUAAAAUAGAAUGACUAAUAAUUAUAACUUUAUUUAAUAGAUAGAAUUAUUACAGUCAGUUAAUAUUGUGUCGAGUACAUGUAGGCUACGUAUGUAUAUCAUACUUAUACAGGCUAUUUUGUGUUUCAGGGGUUUUUCCUUUUGUAUCAAGUUAUGUCCUAAUCUCCAGUAGUAAAAUAUAGAAAGAACCAGCAGGAGUGUGUUCGUUUUCCUUCCUGU